GUGCGACUGCUGAUUAUUUUCUUUUAGUGUGCUAAUCAUUUCAUUAGUUCUAUAAAAUCGAAUAAAUUGAGGUUUAAAGUGCAUUACGGGAUGACCUCCAACGGUGGUGGCGAAUCGUUUCCCGCAAAUGUGACAAUAUUGCAAUACUUAUUAGAAAAUGACACGACUGCGGCAGUGUCUAAAUCGACAGGCGUUAGCUCUAGUACGAAGGAGGUAUCUGAUACGUUGGUAAACAGGUUGGGAAUAAAGAACAGCAAAAAAGAUCCCGAACCUAUUACGGUGUACGAAUGUCCUAAAUCUGGCUGUGGUAAGCAUUAUCUACAACUAGAGCAUCUUAAAGCGCACGAGAAAAUACAUUCCGGCGAUUUGGUCUGCAAAUGGGAGCCACACCCAGAGUUGCGAGAGUAUGAAAACACUGGUGGGAGUGGUUUGAAGUUUUUGUUGCAGAACGAACACUUGGAGUUGGUAUACGAAGAAAGUGAUGACGUCUCAACGGAAGCCUCAAUGAACGACGGAUCACAUGAUUCUGAAAAUCUCAAUGAAGCUAAUGCAUCAGAAAGUGUAUCUGCGGAUGAAGCGAAAAUCUACGACUCUGAUCAGAACGCUGAAUGCACGACUACCAGUUCCAAGCGAAUGAUUCACGUAUUUGAUGCCGAUGUGAAUUUGGAAGAUAAUUUUAUUGUUUUGGAGGAAGAUCCUGACGAGUAUGUACAAAUUUGCUCCAACCAGGAUGAGUUAAUGAGAAUAACAUCGACAAGAGCGCGAAAGUAUCUUUGUCCCUGGGGAGGAUGUGGGAGGGCUUACACUAAAUCAUCGCAUGUGACUGUUCAUUUGCGGUCGCAUACUGGCGAAAUGCCCUUUGCUUGCACCUGGGAAGGGUGCCAAGGUCGGUUUUCGCGGGCUGAAACACUUACACGUCACUUUAGAAAACAUUCUGGUGAGCGCAAAUUCCUUUGUCCAGAAUGCCCAGCAAGUUUUGGUCGAAGCGAUCAUUUGCGUGGCCAUAUAAAACGACACAACAUCAAUAAUUCUGUGAUAGACAAAAUAAUCAAAAUUCCGGAAAAAGUCAAACAUGCUCCUCGAACAUCCAAGCUUUCGGCCAUAGCAACCAAACAGGCGAUAAAUACAAAACGAAAACGAAAAUCUUCCACACCAGCAUCCAGUUCAACGAGAAACCAUCGUUGUGCACAUCCUGGUUGUGAUAAAAGUUAUACGCGAGCUAGUCAUCUCAAAGCACACGAAAUUCUUCACGGGGAGACUCAACCUUUUUGCUGUCCUUGGGAAGACUGCGAUCGUUCAUUUUCUCGUUCGUUCGAGCUUUCACGUCAUCGUAGGCAACAUACCGGGGAGAAGAAAUUUGUGUGUCAUAUUUGCCAGCAGGCUUUCAUGCGAAGUGAUCAUCUGUCGAUGCACGUCAAGCGACAUAUUUUCAGAGCGCAUAAAGACGACGAGAUGGUUUAAAUUGGAUAGCUUAUUUCACAUCGGUCGCAACGCAGGAUUUAAUAUUUACUGUUAAUAAAUUAUAUUUGUUGUACAUUUCAUCUGUUUUAUUAAAAAUAUCAAUGAUCUGAAAAGUAUACUCCAUUCA